CGUGUGAAGUGAAGCCGUCUCAGCAAGAGGACAGGUGGCCGCGAUGCAUGGCCUCUUACAGGAAUUGCCCCGGUCCUUCUCUUUAGUGGAGGCCAGUGACGGGUCAGUGCAUUGGCUUGGAUGCAAAUGCACAUGCACAAACGCAUGCCAGUAGAGCGUGACGCGAUAACACGAAGUGCUGUCUGCGGCGCGGCGAUAUUCGAGACGGGAGAAAACAGGAAACUCGGGCAAGUCUCCUCGGCCGAGUGUCAUAACACCUCCGCUUUCCACUCGCUUUUUCUCUCUCCUCCUGCUGCACAUGCUUACACAGACAAACACACGCCGUCGCACACACCCAGCCUCACACCGCCAGUCAGCCAGCCAGCCUUUCGCGCUUCACUCACACCCUCAAAUCUUACCAAGUUCAGCUCUCCCUGCUCAAAGGCAGACAGGAGCAGCACGGCAGCCUGUUAAACGAGUUGAGGGAAGGAACAGCGGAGUCACAGAGAGAGACAUAGACGGGAAGGAGAGAAGGAGGGGAAGGGGGGCUGAAUGAGUGAAGGGAGAGCAAGGCAGAGAGAGCACUGUUGCCCAUAUGCUGAGAGGAGCAUGGGCGGUUGAGCAAGCUGGCCCCCACUGAAGCCUCCUGACUCAUGGGAGCGUCAGGAACCGGGUCCCAAGAGAGCCUGGAAAACGCUGCCGGAUCAAGCGUGGUGGGAGAAGGAGGGGAGAGGAAAAAACUCUUGGAAGGGGAGGCAAGAGGCAAGACAAGCUGCAACGGUAGGCUGUCCCACUCAGCUGCUGUGCCGUGAUGACGUCGGCGGGCAUGUGACCCAGGGUCUCCAGUGACGCCGCAUGGAGGGCAGGAAAGAGACGAGUUUUAAAGCUGGUGCCUUUUGGGUUGUGUGAGGGCUCUGCUCGCCUCCCCAACAACCACAGAACCACAGACGUGCGGCUCGGGGUUGGUGUCUGAGGGCGACCUGGAGUGUAAAUGGUUAAUCGUCACGGGCCAGCACCAGUCACAAGGACGGCGCUAAGCAAGUAAGACGUGUCGAGGGUCACAGAAACCGCAGAGGAACAAAAGUGGGGCUUGCUGGAACCAGAGGCAGCCAUGGCAUCUAACAGCCUCUUCAGCACAGUGACACCAUGUCAGCAAAACUUCUUCUGGGAUCCCAGCGCCAGCCGGAGGUUCAGUCCGCCGUCCAGCAGCCUCCAGCCGGUCCCAGGGAAGAUGAACGACGUGAGCUCCCCGGCCGGCCAGCCGGACGCGGCGGCCGCGGUGCCGAGGCUGCGUCCCCCGCACGAGAACCGCAGCAUGGCCGAGAUCAUCGCCGACCACCCAGCCGAGCUGGUGCGCACCGACAGCCCCAACUUCCUCUGCUCGGUCCUGCCCUCCCACUGGCGGUGCAACAAGACGCUGCCUGUCGCCUUCAAGGUGGUCGCCCUGGGCGACAUCCCCGACGGGACGGUCGUCACGGUUAUGGCGGGCAAUGACGAGAACUACUCGGCCGAGCUGCGGAACGCCUCGGGCGUGAUGAAGAACCAAGUGGCGCGCUUCAACGACCUUCGCUUCGUGGGCCGCAGCGGCAGAGGCAAGAGCUUCACACUGACAAUCACGGUAUUCACCAACCCGCCGCAAGUGGCCACGUACCACCGAGCCAUAAAGGUCACCGUGGAUGGACCGCGUGAGCCCAGGAGGCACCGUCAGAAACUUGAGGACCCGCCCAAAACUGGCCUGUUCUCAGACCGCCUUAGUGAGCUUGAGAGGAUGAGGGUGAGGGUCACGGUUCCCACGCAAACGCCCCGACCAGCUCUCAACACCGCAGCCAACACCUUCAACCCGCAGGGUCAGACACAGAUUACAGACCCUCGUCAGUCCCAGUCCUCUCCUCCGUGGUCGUACGAACAGCCGUACCCGUCCUACCUGAGUCCCAUGGCGUCCCCCUCUGUCCACUCCACCACCCCCCUCUCCUCCAGCCGAGGCACGGGCCUGCCUGCCAUCAGUGACGUGCCUAGACGAUUGCCAGGGUCUUCCGACCUGAGUCCGUUCCCCGGCCAGUUCGAGCGCCAGUUCCCGAGCCUCUCCUCCAUCACGGACAGCCGCUUCUCCAGCCCGCGCAUGCACUACCCGGCCACCUUCACCUACACCCCGCCCGUCACCUCGGCCAUGACGCUCGGCAGCGCCCACUACCACACCUACCUCCCCCCGCCGUACCCGGGCUCCACCCAGAGCCAGAGCGGACCCUUCCAGACCAGCAGCACGCCGUAUCUGUACUACGGCGCCUCCUCCAACUCGUACCAGUUCUCCAUGGUGCCCGGCGGCGACCGCUCGCCGUCUCGGAUGGUGCCGCCUUGCACUAGCGCCUCCACGGGCACCUCGCUGGUGAACCCCAACCUGCCCAGCCAGACGGAGGGAGGGGUGGACGGCGACGGGAGCCACAGCAACUCGCCGACCGUGCUGAACCCCGGCGGCCGCAUGGACGAAGCGGUCUGGAGGCCGUACUGAGGAAAGACCAGGGGGACACGCGGAUGACAAAUCAAGUGAUGUCGCGGUUUACAAGCACAAAACCCCCUUUUGUUUUUUCAUAUCAUGAACAGGGGGAUUUCUUUCUUUUCUUUUUUUGGUUGUUUUUUUGGGGUCCUCUCCUCGGCUAUCUCCACCUUCUGCUUGGAAAUUAAAGCAGAGAUGAUGAUGAUGAUGAUGAUGAUGAUGAUGAUGGGGGAAGGGUGGAGGGAGUUGGAAAAAUGAAAUAAAAGACCAGACUUGCACCGACUUGUCUUCUUGGAAUGUGUUUGGACCGAGGCACUACAAAGGGAACCAUUCUCACAGCAAUAAUGAGAAGAAAAGACACACAAAAAAAACUAAAACAAUUUUUGAUUCACCAAGCCCACGCAGACGGGACGUUGUUUCAGUUUUUAGGGCAGCCCCACCAGCUAAGGGAUGCUGCGUCGACAUUUGUAAAAGACUGCCCCUUUUGGUUUGUUUGUUUUUGUAACGUGUUUGUACUUUAUUAAGGCUUUUUUUUUUUUUUUUUUUUUGCAGAGCAUGUUUUUGUACAAUAUCGAGAUGCAACCUAAGCACUGAGUAGCAGAUGUGUGUUACCAAAAAGCGGCGUGGACAUUCAUUUUGCUCUAAACCAAUUAAUUUAACUUGUACAUUGUGGGUUAUGACGUUGAUGUAGAUUGAAGCGUUUUUUUUUGUUUUUUUUGUUUGUAUGUUUGUUUUUUCUCUAGUUUUAACUUAUAAAAGCCAUAAAUUAUGUAUUGUAUUUGAAACUUGAGUCGAAGAAGUGUAAUCUGAAUAUUUUUGAUGCAUCUAUAUGACUAAGUUAAUUUUAUCUUUGAUAGGUAAUUUAAAGAGUUUUUUUUUUUUUCUUUGUUGUUGUUGUCGUUGCUAUAGUUGCCCCCCCCCCCCCCCUCCUGAAAAGAUUUAAUAAUAAUCGCUUGGAAUACAAAAUCGAGUUUCCGGAGAGUAUUGCAACACGUUUUCUUCUGAUGUGUUAAAGAAAAAAACAAAUAAAUUCAGUGUAACUGCUCGACACAUUAGGAGGCCAACAUCUUCGGUAGGCGUCGACACACAUUUGGCUCGGAAUGAAACCUUUGGUAUUUAUUGAGCAAUAACUCGCGUCGUGCCUCUCGGCAACGCGGCAUUAAAGCCAGCUUCGGUGGGGAAGAAAAUAAUUAUCCGUUUAUGGAAAUUUUCUCUUUUUUUUUAAAUUUUGUCUCAUCUGGCGUGCACUUACAAACUGCUUUUCCUGACAAUAUGAGAACAAUCGAAGCGAGUCCAAAGAUGGAUGCGCCUGGUGGUACAAGUUACGGCGUCAGGUCAGACCGUUUUUUGUUGUUGUUGUUUUUUGUUUUUUAAGGCUCAGUUGUUUUUUUGUGAUACAUAAACUCCUCAGGACUGGAAUUAUCCCCGAAUGAAAUUAUCUAUAUCUGCUUCUCUUUCUCCCUGUCUUUCUCUCUCUCUUUUUUUGUUUUUUUGUUUUUCAUAUCCAGCCUGGCUGAAAGGCUCACUCGAGAUUAUAGCUUACACACGCCAAGGUUAUUAUAGCUUUCAUAUCAUGUGCAGAAGAUGACUUUGAAAAAGUUGGGGUUAGUGCGUGACACACACGCCGAGAGCGAGAAAGAGAGAGAAAGCAAGGAAAGUAAAAAAAAUAUAUACAAAAUUAAAACCAUGACAUUCCUUCAGACAUUUAUUUAUCUACAGUUUUUUAGAUUUAAUAUCUAACGUCCCAGCCUAAAACAACAUUCUCUUGCAGCAAUACAAGGAGCACGUCUGCAAAAAAGUGCUGGGGUUCAGGGAAAAAGUGCAAAACAAAAAACGAGGUGAUUGGAUUCAGCUGCUGGCAGCAAACUGGUGACCAAAAAAAAAAAAAAAUAUGGGAGACUUGUAUGUUUGUUUGAUAAAAGCACUUACUUCUUGUUUUAUUUCUAGCAGCACUCGCGGCUGGCUGCCAGCAGAGCUCGUGGUUUUGGGUCCUGAACGCAGCCAUCUCGGCCCAAACGGAUAACACUUGGCCAAAUACAUCUGAUCCCUUGGUGUUUAUUUGAAGCAACAACAACAACAAAAAAAAAAUACAAAAUUGAGAUUAUUGUAUCAUUUCGUGCCUUUUUGUUAUUUAAUGUUUGCAGGUAAUGUAGCCCCUUGCGUGUGUGUAAAAAAAAAAAAAAAAAACAGUAGAGAGAAACACGGGAUCAGUGGGUUCAAGCUUUUCACUGAAGGUUUGCACGCGACCUCAGCCGAGGAUGUUUCCAAACUCGCUUCGUGAUAUUGGAAAAUGUCACGUCGCGUUUCCCCCCCGCCCGCCCCCGACUGCCUCGGCCGAUAAAAUAUCUUGAAAAAGAAAGAAAAAAAAAACAAACAGAAGAGAAAUAUUUCCAACAGAUUUUAAAACACGGCCUUGUUAACAUUUGCUACCCCCGUGUCUUGUAGUCUGAUUUUUUUUUUUUUUUUUUUGUACUUUUGACAACCUAACAGGAAAUGAACGCAGCACUGACAUCCCAUACUGUCUUCAUCCUCUUUCUUUUCUUCUUCUUCUUCUUCUUCUUCUUCUCCCACCUCACGAAAAAAGGUUAUUCUUUUUCUUGUUGUUGUUUUGUUGGGGGGCAAUAAACUGUCAUGGAGAGAAAAAAAAAGCCGGUAUUAUUUAACAAUCAGUGUGUAUACUUGUACUUUGUGUUGCUCCUAUGUAACGUUUACGUGUUAUUUUCCAUUGUUACGCUCCUUCUCAUGAACACUUGUCAGGAACUGACAUCUAAAGCGACGCGGUUAGAUUCUGCUGGUACGUUUCAUAAAGGGGAUUUUUUUUUUAUUUUGUUUUUUAUUUUUAUAAGAAGGGACAAACAGAUCUGACAACAGUGAGUGAAAUUGGCAUUGUGAUUGUACAUGUUUGUUUAUUUUUAAAAAAAUAAAUAAAGCCGGUAUUUUGUAACUUAA